GUUUUAUUUCAGCUCAUGAAACAUGGGACCAACAGUUCACAUGUUGCGUUUGCAUUUUUUUCAGUAGAUUUCAAGUUCAAAGUAUACUGCUUCGUCUUCACAGUGGGUGGUGGGUCCGGCCUAUUUUGUAGAGUUCAUCAUCAGAGAGACGGUCUGUGCUAAGGACACUCCUGACGUCGAUUUGACCCAGUGUAAAAUGAUGGACUGUGAAUUUGCACACAAGGCCUUCUGCACAGGCUCUCACACCACUCUGGAUGAUGGCACGUUUCAGACCAAACUCCCCAUCGAGGUGAAGUGUGAAAUCUUUGAACCAGAGACUGCCAAGGCAGAGGAGGAGGCCCAUGUCAGAGGAGACAGUGGGCAUCAGAGUGAAGAUGAGGACACACACACCUGCAUCCCUAUGAGCACCACCACCACCCCCCCAACUCCAAUCAGGCUUCCCCCAGACUGAAGGGUUUGUUGGGUAUAGUGGUGGUUCUACCUCCCCCUCAUGUGCCACCGCCUCCAAGAGCCUCAGCAGCAGCAAGCAACUGUCCAGCCAAGAGGAAAACUAACCUGGGACUGGACAGGUUUCCAAUUUGAUUGAUAAACAUCUUCCGCUACUGCAAUAAAAGCUUAUUAACACUUUCCUGAGAUACAAAGCUACUUUGGUAACAAAGGAAAACUGAAAGAACUAUGACUCAAAACACUUCCCCUAUUUUGCCCUAGCUGGACAAUGUUCACCUUUUUGUUGUUGUUGUUGUUGCUGCUGUUGUUGUUGUUGUUGCUGCUG